AUGGAUGUCCCAGAAGCACCUAUAUUUCCCCUUCUUGAAGGCAAGGUCGCCAUCAUCACAGGUGCCGCCCAGGGCAUGGGCAAGGCUACCGCUUCUGUCUUUCUCCGAGCGGGGGCUAAGGUAGUUAUUGCCGAUGUGAAGGCAGAGCAGGGAGCUCAGGUUGCAGAGGAGCUUUCUGCUUUGGGAGAAAUCCGUUUUGUGGAGACUGACAUCUCCAAGUCAGAGGAUGUACAAAACCUCAUUAAGCAGACAGUGAGCGCCUUUGGCAAGUUGGAUGUGGCAAUCAACAACGCAGCCAUGUCUCCUGAUCAGACUCCCCUGAUUGACUUUGAUGAAUCAUAUUGGCGCAGAUUGAUGGAUGUCAGUUUGACUGGUACCGCAAUGUGCUGUAAAUACCAGAUGCAGCAGAUGGAAAAGCAGGGCUCAAAGGGCUCUAUUGUCAACAUUGCUUCAAUCAAUGCCUACUCACCACAACCGAAUAUGCCAGCAUACACUGCGGCUAAGCAUGCCCUGUUGGGCUUGACCAAACAUGCGGCAACUGAAGGUGGCCCUAAGGGUAUUCGGGUUAAUGCUAUUGCCCCUGGAGCGAUAUUUGUAUGUUUUCCUCACCUUUAA